AUGAACGAUCCGUCUCCUGAUCUAAUAGACGAUGCUGAAAUUCAUCAAAAAUUAAAUGAAAAUCAACUUUCAUACGAUGAACUUUUUCGUCGUGUUGAUAAGAACAAUGAUGGAAAAAUUGAUGUUGAUGAAUUAAUUCAAUUAUUGGAAAAAGUUGAUGUUGAAACAUCACCUAGAAAACGUGUAGCUGUCGCACGUAGUAUUAUCAAACAAGGUAGUGGAUCAUCAAAUGCAUCGUCUCUUACUUUUCAACAAUUUGCUAAUUAUGUUUUAAAACAAGAAAAGAAACUCAGUCUAGUUUUUCGAAAUGUAGAUGCUGCUCAUCAAGGAAAAUUCGAUGCAGAAGAUUUAGUCUUUUAUUUUAAAAAACUUGGUAUUACAAUUGAAUUAGAAGAAGCAAAGAAAUUAGUCAAAAAAAUGGAUCAAGAUCAUUCAUUACAAAUAUCAUUUGAUGAAUGGCGUUCAUUUUUUAUGGCUAAUCCGGCGAUUCUAGAAAGUGUUACUAAUGAUCCACGUGUGAUGCUUCGUUACUGGCGUAGUGCAUCGUAUCUAGAUUUAGGUGAAUCUCCUUAUGGUGCACCUGAAGACGCACUAACAGAAGGUAAUCAAUGGUGGAAGAAUUUUAUAGCAGGUGGUACCGCUGGUGCUAUCUCAAGAACAGCUACUGCUCCAUUUGAUCGACUUAAAAUUAUUAUGCAGUAUUUGGGUUCAAGACAACAUAUGACUGUAAUAAGUGGUUUUCGAUAUUUAAUUAAUGAAGGUGGUGUAAAAAGUUUAUGGCGUGGAAAUGGUGUUAAUGUUUUGAAAAUUAUACCUGAAACAGCACUACGAUUUGCAUUAUUUGAAGAAACGAAAAAAAUAUUGAAAAGAAUUCAGAGUAAAGAAUUAUGUACAGAAACAACAGUUAUUGAACGAUUUUUAGCUGGAGCAAUGGCUGGUUUUCUUUCUCAAACGUUUGUCUAUCCAUUAGAUGUAUUAAAAGUACGUUUAUGUUUAAGACGUACAGGUGAAUAUCCCCAUUGGACCGAUACUGUCAAACGUAUGUAUAAGCUCGAAGGUCCAAAAGCUUUUUGGCGUGGUUAUGUACUCAACCAAAUUGGUAUAGUUCCAUUUGCUGGAUUUGAUCUAGCAUGUUAUGAAGUAAAUAUAACUAUAUAUAUGAGUGAAUUUUAA